AUGGCAAAUAGCAGUGCUGUGUCAUUGCUUGGUCCAUUAAAGUCCAGUACGAGUCGCCAGGAAUCAGGUUCGACAUCGGCUUCGUCAGACCUUGCAGUGAAGAGAUUGAGGGAGGUUUUGAUGGAUGCAAAGGAGAAGGGGGCGCCUAGUGCUAAGUUUGAACUUGAGUUCGUAGAGACUCUCCUGAAGAGCGUGGAAGGUACUAGGGAGGCGUAUUCUGGGCUAAAGGGCGAUAUUGAUCAUAUGAAACGUACGAGUCAUCAGUAUCUAACUGGUUUCACAGUUGCACAGGAAGAGUAUCAGAAGGAAGUCGCUGCUCGCAAAGACCUCCAGGCGGAGGUGUCGCGGCUUCAGGUGCAACUCUCUGGACAGGCAGCGCGUCUUACCGCCAUGAGUGCCGAAACACGUACCCAGUCAAUGUUAGAAAGGGUUGUUAUGGAUUUGAAUAACCAGGUUGCCACCAUCGCUCAGGAAGUGGCGAAGAUUCGCGUGGAGCGUGAUAUGGGUCUUGCUGAACUCGACGAAAUUGCUGCCACUAGGAAGAAUGGGCAUAUCACUACUUCGGAGGUUACAGCGAAUUUGGCGCGAGCCAUGUCGUCCCGUCUGGAUUACGUCAAAUCUCAAUAUCGCAAAGAUUUGGAAGCUCUUCAGGAGAAGCGCGAGUGGGUGUUGAAGGAGAUCACGGAGCUGGGGGAGGCCCGUGAUAUAUUCCUGGAGGAAACAACAGCGUUGAACACUCGGAACGAGCAGCUUGCCGAUUUAAAUGCACAAAUUGCUGCCCAGAUACAGAAUGUAGUUGGGGACCCUGUCGCAUCCACUGCUGCUGGGCAGCACGUGUCACAGGAUUACUCGGUUACCCUGGUCGGUUCAGACAUAGCUUCGACAAAGGCUUCAUCACGCGGGAGGAAAAAUGCCAGGUCCCGAUACUCUCCCUCAGUCACGUCCUUCAACACUGUUGGCACUAAUUCGACUUAUGAUAUCUCUGAGGAGACAGUAGUUUCUUUCCGGGGUGCCAAACCUUCGACUCCGGAGCCGCAUGUGCACCAGAAGAAAUUCAGGUGGUUGCGGGAUGCUGCUGGAGGUGUAAUGUCGAAUAAGGCUCCGCACGCCCCUCUUGGAGUGAAAGGGCAUAACUUUGCCUCCGCGAAUAUGUUGCGGAUAACUCGUUGUGAUCAUUGUGGUGAUAAGCUUUGGGGCGCUCAGAUGAAGUGCACGAAUUGUAGCUUCUGUUGUCAUCCUCGCUGCAGUGCGCUUGUCAAGGGAAUGUGCAAACAGCUGAACGGACAUUCGGAUGAACUGGCGGAAAUUAUCCCUUUCCCCCCAUCGAUGUUUGGGCGCAAUUUGGUUGAGCAGGCACGUGCCGAUGCGCAGGGAGACGACCGGCUUGUUCCCAUUAUUGUCGACAAAUGCAUUGCUGCAGUCGAGUUUAAAGGCAUGGACUAUGAAGGGAUUUAUCGUAAGAAUGGAGGUAGUUCCCAAUCGAAAGCGAUCACUCAGUUAUUCGAGCGUGGCCGAUACGAAUCAUUUGACCUUCUCGACAAUGAUACAUUUAACGAUGUCUCCAGCAUUACUUCCGUCCUCAAGAAUUAUCUCCGUUCACUUCCCAAUCCCCUCUUCACGGCCGAACUUCAUGAAGCGUUUAUAAAGGCAACCACGAUGAAAACCUCAAGCGAAAAGUUUGCACAGCUUUCACAACUUGUUCGACAGCUUCCGAAGGAACAUUUCGCCACCCUUAAAGUGCUCAUGCUUCACCUAAAUCGCGUGAAACAACAAAGCAAUAUCAACCUGAUGAAUGCACGUAAUCUGGGUGUUGUUUUUGGGCCAACUUUGAUGCGUUCGAGCGAUCCAAGCCAGGAGUUCGCUGACAUGGCUGGGAAAGCCCUCACGAUAGAAUGGUUUAUAGAGAACGCCACGAGUGUGUUUGCGGAACAAGCCACUAGCUCAUGA